AUGAGCAAUCUCCAUGUUGUUGCCAGACUUCGUCCCUCAACUUUUCAGGAGUUGAAUGAAAAUCCAAAGCAUUACAUAACAAUUAAGGAAAAUGAAAUUAUUCUAAUAAAUAAUGGUGAAAUCGGGUGUGCACUGGCUGCAGAUCAUCGAGUUCGAACAAGAGUAUUUCCCUUAGAUCAUAUAUUUGGUUCAGUUGGCCAACGUAACCCGGAUAAUGAUUCUCAGGCUUCAAUUUACAACCAUAUAGGAAAACCUGCUGUGGACUCUGUGAAAGAUGGUUACAAUUGCAGUUUGUUUGCAUAUGGCAUGACAGGAACUGGAAAAACCCAUACGAUAUUUGGAUCUGAGGAUGAUCCAGGAUUAAUACCAAGAAUAUGUGAAGCUUUGCUGAAUCAUAUAAAAGUGAAUCAAAAUGUACAUAGAAAAUACGAAUUAAAAAUAAGUUUUGUUGAAAUAUACAAUGAAAAAAUUCAUGAUUUACUUAACAAUACAAAGGAACAAUCAUCAAUGCGUAUUCGUGAACAUCCUGAUGAUGGACCAUAUGUAGAAGGUUUAACAAAAGCAACUUUGACUGAUGUUAAGACUUUACGUACAGUCAUUGGUAAAAGUAUUAAAAAUAGAUUGUCCUUAACGACGUUUCUAUUGAACUACAUUCCUAUUGUAAACAUUCAGUCAUUAGUGACGAAUUGGUUUUGUUCUGAUUUCAAUAGUAGUGAUCGUUAUAUUGAAUAUAAAACUGAAAGAAAUUCAAUCUUUACCAAUGAUUCGGAACUGGCUGCACAUAGUAGUCAGUCCACGUUGAAUAGUACCAGAAGUUCUCACCAUUCUAGUACUCAUUACAGCAGUUCAUUUCAUAUUCCUUAUCGAAAUUCCAAGUUAACAUGGCUGUUAAGAGAUUCUUUGGGCGGAAAUUCACAUACAACAAUGAUAGCAACUAUAUCACCCUCUUACAAACAUUACAACGAAACGUUAAAUACUCUACGUUAUGCUCAACAAGCCAAGUUGAUCAAAAAUGCACCCAAAGUGAAUGAGGAUUCAUGCACAACUUAUAUAAAACAACUGUUGAACGAAAUUUCGACAUUGAAACAAAGGCUUUAUGAAAAAGAUUAUUGUACAGUUGGAAGAUAUUUAGAUCAUACUAAAAGUUUGAACAAACGCAAACCACUCCUCCGAAAAUCCAGCUCGGAAAGUUCAAUGCAAAAUCAUGCCUUUUCAAACAAUUUGAACGAGUCCUCAGAUUUCAAAGAACUCACUUUACAAUGCAAAUCUGCAAAACACCAAAAAAACAUUGAUAUUCUAACUACAUCAUAUGGAAAGUAUGUACAGCCAUUCAAAACUCAAAAUUCUGACGAUAAAAUGAAAUUUAAUGGUCACGACCACCAGCAUUCUGACCAACAACAACAAACCUGUCAACAGCUUUAUGAUAGUCAAUCAUCAUUGACUGUGGAUCAAAGUACACAAACUAUACAAGUGGAAGAAUAUGAAAAAACUUGCUUUGAUUAUCUACACAGAGUAGAAUUACUGAAUUUCUUCUGUAACAGAAUGAAUAGAUUUCCAUCUAAGGAAACAAUGGAACAACAUGAUAGGUGUGCAACCACAAUUCAUUUGACUAACCUGCCAGAAAGUCUUUUGAAUUCCGGCAUAGUUAGUAACACCUCAGCUAAUUUGCAUAUAUCUAACUAUCCUAAUCUGUUGGAUAGAGAUUCAGUUUAUCAUAAAUCAACUGCGAAUUAUCAGGAUGGUCAAAACAGAUCCAAUGAGAAUGAUGAAACUGAUGAAAUGCUUCUUAAAGCUAGAUCAAUGUCCUCUGGUGAUACUGGUUCUGAAAAUUAUGAGGAGAAAGAAGAUACAAGAUAUCAUUUCAAUUUUGAUCUAAGUAAGGAACCAAGCAAGAUUCUCGCAUUGAAGCAAGAUUUUUCUGAAGGUAAAAAAGCAAUACAGAAGUUUCAGUCUCUGAGUGUUCCAACAUCGACACCUAAACAAAUUUCUAAAGUCAAUGAACUACGAAUGAGAAGAAAGCUAUUUCUAAGCAAAUUGAGGAAUGUUAGUUAUUCUUGGAGAAUGUCUGCCAAGAAAAGAUCAAAAUUCACAGACAAAUUCAGCAAAUGGGUGAACUUUGACAGUAAUUCUAAACAAAGAAUAAAAAUGCAGUGUCAAAAACGUUCGAAGCCAGAACUUACUAAAGGUCAGAAUGAAUAUGAUGUAAUAAAUUUGAAACAUAAAUCUCAUAUAAAACUUGAUCCAAGUUCAUUAACAGCUCUAAACUUAGCUACCACAGCAUGUUUUUCGUCUCCGUCUUCUGAUAAGACUACUAUAUCUGAUUUACAGGACAACAGUGCAACAUCAGAACAGGUUGUUACAUUCAAUAAAAGCCAUAUAAAUAUACAACCAACCCAAAACAGAAAAACAUACGAGUUUAAUGACACCACAGAUAUAUCCUUGAAUUUGAAUGACAGUUUAGAAGAAUUUGAUGGUAGUGACACAAGUUUCGACUUAACAACUAGUAUCGAAGUAAAUAAAAAUGACGGAUUUUAUUCUGUUCAACCAAGCGAUAUCCAACGCACCUUCGACACAUCUCUUUCUUCUCCUUCAUCCAUACGGUAA